CACAAUCGCUUUAUUACAGAAGGCAGGGAGAGAGAGCCAGAGGUGUUGUUUGUAGGCGAUUCUCUUAUUCAGAGAUUGGCACAAACAAAUGUAUGGGAGAGUAUGUUUGAGCCUCUACACUGUCUGAACUUUGGGAUCAGAGGCGACCAGACUCAGAAUAUCUUGUGGAGGUUGAUGAAUGGAGAGCUGGACACACUAGAAGCCAAAGUAGUGGUUGUUCUUGCUGGCACAAACAACUACACUAACACAGCAGAGGAAGUGACGGACGGGAUCAUGGAAAUCGUCAACGUCAUACAGAACAAACAGAAUAGCACACAAAUAAUUGUCAUGGGAUUACCACCCAGGGGAGAAAAACCAAACAAAUUACGAGAGAAAAAUGCAGAAAUAAAUUUUAAUUUGUCACAAAAAAUUGAAAACAUGCCUAAUGUUAGUUUCCUGAAUGUAGAAGCAUCCAUGUUUGUCCGAGAAAAUGGUCUCAUCAGCCAUACCGACAUGUAUGAUUAUCUUCAUCUUACGAACGCAGGUUAUCAAAAACUAUGUGAACCGUUACUAGAGGAAAUUCAGAACUUACUGCAAGUGUUCAUGAAAGUAGAGAACACAUCAAUGACAAUAUCUACAACAGCAUCGGAUGUUGAUGAAGAAGAUAGCUAAACCAAGACUGUUGUGAUACUCAGACAACUGUUAUAUACAUAGGUGGAUGAUAAUAGAGGGCUUAUCAAGCUUUUGUUAUUGUUGUGGCUUAAAAAUCUACUCUGUGCAAAAAAAUGUCCCAAAAGUCCAGAUUAAUUUUAUGCAUACUUUUAAAUUAAUAUACAAUGUACAUAAAAUUUUUUCAAGGAAUAUCUAAUUUGAAAAUGAUUGUUGAUGCAUAUUUUUGAUAUGAACCAUGAGGUACCAUAGCAAAGUUUAAUGUUUAUAUUUAUUUUUUGCAUUGUACAAGGUAUACUUCAUGGAAUUUUUUUAAUAGACUUUCUUCUGAUAUUUAGCUUUUAGGCAUUCACAUGCAAUAUGGUAUUAUUACCAUAAAUAAGAUAUAAAAAAUUUAAUAAGAAGCUCAUGUAAAUGAACUCUUGCAAGUUACAUCUUUUGCUGAUAUUUUUUCUUUCCUCUUUGAGUGAUAUUUUUUUUCCGCUUUGAGAGAUUUUAUCUAGAAUAUGUACAGUAAAACUCGGUUAUAGCGAAGUCCUGGGGACCUGUGAAUUUAAUUUGCUAUGUCCGUAAUUCGUUAUAACCAUUUAACGAAUUCGUAUGACCAUUACAGCGAAUUCGCAAUAUGCAUGCUUUCCUUCAAGUAUUACUACCAAAUAUGUUAGGGAAGCAAAUAUUACAAAACAUAUCUUCGAUAACUAAGGUUUUAUUAUGAAUUGAAUUUUAUAUUCAAAUGCUAAAAGGAAGUAAGGCUAGAUUAAUUUUAUCAUUUUUUUAUAAUCUUCGAGAGUUCGUUAUAAAAGAUGGAAAUUUCAUUAUAUCUAACUUCAAUGGGACUCAAAAUGAGUUCACUAUAUCCGUAAAUUCAUUAUAUCAGAGUUCGUUAUAACCGUAAAAUUUUACAAAGAUUUGUUUAGAAUUUUGCCGGGGACCCAGAAAAACUUCGCUAUAUCCGUGAAUUCGCUAUAUCCGUGUUCGUACUAAACGAGUUUUACUGUACUGUUAUUCUGUUAAAUCCAAAUAUUCCAAAUUUUUCAGCUUUAUGAUUAUCUAUUGAGAAACGUUUGUGAAUUACAUGUAAUAUAAAUGUUACAGUUUGUCAGCAUUAUGUACCUGUGCAAUACUAUAAGCUAUACAUUACAUGACAUUCAUUGUGGAUGGCUGGUCAAUCCUUUCUAUUCCAAUCGACAUGGGUUCCAAACCCGUCUGAGAUAUUAUUUUUGAAUUGAUGCCACUUGAUUGGGUGUUUUUUUAUGUGUAUAUAGGAAACAGUGUAAAGAUAUUAAAAUUUUCCUUUAUAAAGACAAGGUUACUAUAUUUGAAUCAUGUACAUUGUAACUUAUAUAUCUGAAAAUGGCAUUAUAAGAAAUGAAGGUAAACUGGGUCACUGUUUCAUUUUAUCGUGUCUACAAUAAUUGCCGUUUAUGCUAAAUGUUGUUUUGAAAGGGAAUAUAUAUUUUAUCGGACAGUAGAAUUUUGAAAUCAUUCGUGUGAAUGGCUCUCCGUAUAAAUCUUUGUGGCUGGGCCUUAUUGACUAACAUUCCAGACGAAGUGCAAUAAAUUCUAAGUUCAAUAACAUGAAUAAAGUCAGGUGUGCAAUAUAUUCUAGGUUUGAUGAUGUCAGAAGUUUGGUUGUUUCAUAUUUUAUCACUGUGUUAUGUUAAUAUGUGUUAUAAAAAUGGCUUCUGAAUGACUUGUUAUGAAUUUUGUUUAAAAAUUUUUUUUAUUUUUAUGAUCUCAGCCGAUUAUUUUUUUUCUUAAUUGUUUAUUUGCUUUUUUUCUGGUGCAUGGGAAAAAAAUUCUUCCAAAUGGCAUACAAACAAAUUUGGUAAAAUAUUGUACCUCAUUCAUCAAAAUUAUAAUAUAAACUGAAUUAUGAUAUUAAUUUCAGUGACGGAAUGUCACUGAUUGUUAUGUCUAAAAAUAAUCUACACAUUAACUACAACUAUUUCCAUCCAAUUAUUUGAUAAAGAUUUUUUUAUCCAAUAAUGAGUUUUAAUCCAUGGGAAGAGUGCUGAUUGUGCUGUCACAUCUAAUAAUACAGAAUGUGUGUGAUUCUGUGACAAUAUUGUUAAAAAAAUUAUGAUAAAUGUGACCUGUGUAAUUGUAUGAUUUAACAAGAAAAUUACUGUGUUCAAAUAUUCAAUACUCAUGCAGCAAACAUUAAUUUUGGUGGUGUGAUUAUAGCAGAUUGUCCUGGCACUGUCAACCUGUGUAAAAUUACAAGCCUGUUUGUACACCUGUAUAUUAAUGUUUUAAGUUUACGCAAAUCUGAUAGUAAAUAUUUACAGUGCUUUUGAGGUUGAUUUAUUUCUUUAAGAACCUGAGUUGUACAGUUUAAGUAGCACACUAUGGUAAAUUAUUUUUCAUGGAGUUGAAAUCUUUCUAAAAUCGUGCUUUAGUGGUACAUGUAGCUUUUUACUUUGUAAAGUUUCUUAAAUUUGCUAGGUUAUAAUGUAGCGUUUUGUAUAUUUUGUGAUCGGAGCAAUUAUAUUUUAGGUCAAAAGUAA